AUUUUGCAGCAUCAGAUUUUUAAGAUAAAUAAAUUCUCUUGUUCUGCUUGGAACCAGUAACAAUGUCAAACCCAUUGGAGAGAUACCAAAAGCUCGGUUUCAGAGACUCAUUCCCGAGAAUGCAUCGCUACCCAAUUAUCUGUAAAGAGCUUAGCCUCAUUAUCAGAGGCGCUUACUCUAAAUUCCCCAAAAAUUUACAAGCCCUAAUCAUCCAAGACACCCUCACCGCUUUUCGUCUCCUUCCUGGAAUGCAGACGCGUACGGCCGUUUCUGGAGCUCAUCUCCUCUUUCAGAGCGCCGAGGCUUCUUUACCAAAGCAGAAGAAGAAUUUGGCUGUGACUGAAUUUAAACAUGCCAUGGUUUCUCAUAGGAGGCGCUGUAAAACCCGCCAAGAAGAAAAAGUUUCAGGUUCUGCCCAGCUGCCAGAAGAUGUUCUUGUUCAUGUCUUCAGUUUCCUUGAUAUGCCAUCUUUAAUUGCUGUUUCUCAAGUUUGCUGGUUGUGGAAUAUGGCAGCAAGUGAUGACCAGCUUUGGCAUGCCCAAUAUGUUACAUUUUUUGGGAAUGCUCAUAAUAAUAGAUUGGAGAUUAGUGGGAAAAAAGGAUUAGAUGUUGGAGUCAAGAAAAAGGCUUCAUUACAGAGAGACAUGGUUGCUGGAUCAAGCAUUCACUGGAAGGAAGCCUUUAGAACAACAUAUAGAGGCUCGUUAACGAAAUUAACUUCUAAUAGGGGAUACUGUGGGAACUGUACAACUAUAGUUUGGCUUGAAAACAUGAAAUGUUCAAAUGAACAUUGUCGAUUAUCAUCUGAAAAUCAACGAGUCAAGCCUGUGUCCUCUUACCAGGUUGUUGAGUACAUUUUAGAUGAUUCAAUAACGAUGUUAUCCUCUUCGGAUAGCGACAGUGAUCCAGAGGAAGAAGCUUCGGGGUCAAUGUGUAGGUUAUGGGCUUAUCCAAAACUCAGGUAUGGCAAGCCAACAACCUUCAGCAUAGAAGCAAAUCAGCACUAGAUUGUUUCUCAGAUUAAUAUAGCAUGCUUUUUUCCUACUGCAACUUUGGUUUGUAUCAGCAAAAACAAUGUAUCAUUUUUAGAAAUUGUGCAAAAAAAAUAUAUAUGUAUAGAUUAGUCCUUGACUAAGUUGAAAACUAAUAUGGAGGGUUCACCUUCAAGAUGCUUUAUACAAACAACAAAAUCAAUUACUUCCAACAUCUUAUUUGUACAAAAACAUCUUUGUAUUUUGCAAUUACUGUAAUUUUUUAUUCACCUCCGAACA